GGCAUCCCCCCUUGAGAUCAACUUCUGGACGCCCCCCAGAUAUCGUCCCAGGCGAUAGUUGCGACUUGCGAUUUAGCGUCCAAGAGCGAGCGAGAGAGGGAGGUAGAGAGAGGAGCGAAGAAAAGAAGGGCCGAUGGCGGUAGCUGCGACAUCCGCGAUUGCGUCUCCACUGAGGUCCUCCAAGCUGCCUGGAAGCAAGCUCAAGCAACAGCUGGGAACACCAGCGUCUCAUCUUAGCACCUACCAUGCGGGAGUUCGCAGGCAGCUGGUGGUUGUGUCAGCUGCUGGCGCCGCCAAGAAGUCGUGGAUACCUCUAACGCCAAGAAGUCGUGGAUACCUGCCGUUAGAGGUGGGGGGAACUUCAUCGACCCAGAAUGGCUCGAUGGCUCCUUCUCAGGCCAUUUUCGCCCAUUUGGACUCCCUUUCGUUAAUCCUACUUCGAACGCCAUUGGCAAAAAGGAACAGUUCUAGGCGGUCGCAAGGGAUCUCGUGGGCUGUGGCUCACGAGGAAGCUGCCCGUGUCGAAGAGAGAGAAGGGGAAGAGGAGAAAGAAGAAGUGGCUCCCUCGCCACCCAAUACCAAGCUUUACUUUGGCAAUCUGCCUUAUAGCUGCGACAGCGCACAGUUGGCGGCGAUCGUCCAAGAGUAUGGAAGCCCAGAACUUGUGGAGGUGCUCUAUGACAAAAACACGGGAAAGAGCAGAGGUUUUGCGUUCGUUACAAUGAGCAGCUUUCAAGAUGCUAAUGCCGUGAUCGAGAACCUCGACGGGAGUGAAUACGGAGGUCGAAAUUUGAGGGUGAAUUUCAGCGACAAACCGAAGCCGCGUGAGCCCCUCUAUCCAGAGACAGAGUUCAAGUUGUUCGUGGGGAAUUUGUCAUGGUCUGUAAAUUCCGAGAGUUUGAUGGAUAUGUUUAGCGGUUACGGGAAUGUGGUUGGAUCUAGGGUUCUGUACGAUGGGGAGACAGGACGAUCUCGCGGAUACGGUUUUGUUUGUUUUUCUUCCAAAUCCGAGAUGGAAGCUGCACUCGAGUCCUUGAAUGGAGUGGAAUUAGAGGGCCGGUGCAUGAGGAUUAGCCUUGCUUUAGGCAAAAGAUCGUAAGGGGGGCGUCCAAAAUGGGGAAACAAGAGUGAUAUACAGAUCAAAGUCCCAACAGAUUGUAUAACGCCAUUAGCAGCGGGCUGCAAACAGGCUUCUGUUUGUAUAAAGAUCGAAGUCCCAACAUCUCAAGAGGUGUAUGUUCUCGGUUGUGGCGAACCAUUGGCAAUUACUGCUGUCUUUAUUUGUUCACUUGGUUAGCAUCCAAUUGCUCACCAGUUAUGAGGUGGAUGAUGUCUUGAUGAAGCCUUCUUUCUAUUUAUUGUUCUGUUCGAUGUUUCUCUUGUAUCUUACCUUCGGACUUCUUAUUUCAAAGGAAAAUAAACAAAAGGAAAGAUAGAAAACAAA